GGGAAAGAAGAAGAAAGACCCAGUUUGUUUACGAAAGGAAACGAGUGGAGGAAUCGUGCAGUUGUGCUAUUUCAUAGCAAGAUCUGUGGACGCAGGACGAGCAACUCUCUUGUGAAGAAAAGCAAGUUGCAGGGUAAAUACCUUCUGGCUCCUUGUCGUUGAAUACAUCAUAGUGAAGAAGUACCAAAUACAUCCACCAAAAUGGAGAAGACAGCAUACCGCAAAGUAGAAACCAAAAGAUCAUCAGAGGGUACUUAUACACCUAGCAUAUCUACCCGCCAAACCACGGUCAUCCAAAGAUCGUCUGGCAUGCCAGGAUAUCGUGGUUCCAUCGGCUAUGAUAUUCGCCAGUCUUACAGCUCUGGGCUUAAUCUAGCCCCUGGAACCGCUAGCCAUGUGUCUAGUGAGGGUGUCAACCACAUCAAGGAGGAUAGGGCCAGGGAAAAGAAAGAUAUGCGCGAACUGAACGAGCGCUUUGCCAGCUACAUCGAAAAAGUUCGAUUCUUGGAGGCUCAAAACAAGGCUCUCUUGGCUGAACUGGAAAAACUCCGUCGUCCAGUGGAUCUGGACAAGAUCAAGCAAAUGUACGAGUCGGAAUUGAACCAGGCCCGGCUUGUCAUCGACGAGUUGUCCAAGGAGAAGGCAAACUUUGAUGUGAAGAUUGUCAGCUUGGAGGAUCAGCUUCAGUUUGAGAGAAGCGAACGAGAACGUGAAGCGCGUGAGAAGAGCGAGCUGCAAAACAAAUGCGACCGACUGAGCGACCAUAUUGGAGAGCUGGAAGGCGAGCUGUCGACUCUGAGAGGCAGAGUAGAGGGUCUGGAAGACGAGAACAGGAGACUCCGAGAACAGCUGAGGAAGUACCAAGACGACAUCAAUAGGUUGCGAAUAGAUCUUGACAACGAGACUCUAGCCCACAUCAAUGAGUCCAACUUGAGACAGUCUCUGGAAGAACAGCUGGCUUUCAUUACCGGAGUGUACGAGGCUGAAAUCAAAGAAUUGACAGAUCUGGCUAACCGGGACACCACCAUCGAGAUGAGAGAGUUCUGGAAAGGUGAGAUGGCCAAAUGCAUGAGAGACCUGCAGGCUGAAUAUGACGAACGUCUUGAAAUCAUGAGAAACGACAUCGAGUCCAAAUACAGCUUCCAGAUUCGUGAGAUCCGUGCAGGCUCACAGAAGGAUAUUUUCGAGGUGUCUCAUCUGCGUGAAGAACUGAAGAGAUCCAAGGAUAAGAUUGCCGAGCUGCAAGCCAAGAAUGGCGAGCUCGCCGCUAGGUGCGCAAGCCUGGCGGAACUCAACCGUGAGCUGGAACUUCAGCUGGCGAGAGCAUUGGAGGAUUACGAGAGCCAAAGAGUGAAGUAUGAGACCGAGCUCAACAAGGUCCGCAGUGAGCUCCAAGUUGUCCUAACUGAGUUCCAGACUCUCAACGACGCUAAGCUCAGUCUGGAGAUGGAGAUUGCCGCCUACAGGAAGCUCCUGGAAGGGGAAGAGGGCAGACUCACGUUCAAAAAGGCCAUUGAAAUCGCGGGAAAUUACGUAACCCGUACUGUACCUCCUACGGACCAGAUCGCAUCCGGAGUGACCACCACAACGAAGACUGUGACAUCGCAAGUGCGCCGCUCAAGCCGAGGCGACAGAAUCUAGACGCAAAAAGUCCGGCGGACCAGAAGGAACACAUUUCCGCACUGUAGUUCAAGUAGAAAGUACAAUUGUUAAUGGUUUAUUUUUUAAAAUCUGUCACCUAGCCAGUUACCUUGUUCGCCGAAUCCAUAUUUGCGACCCGUCAUUUAGAACAGAGAAAAGAACGUAUAAUGCGGAAUUCCGUCAUAGUUUUGGCAUAUAGAUGUAUAUUAGUGUUUGUGCACAGUACACGGUUUCAGGUCUAGGCCCCAUUUUGAGGAAACAAACUUAAGGCUGAGCAAGAGAUGAAAGCAUAUUUUCCUCUGUUUAUGGUCAAAAUACGCCAGAACUGAGUUGCUUGACCCUCUUUGAAAGAAACUAUGUUUUAAUUCCUCGGGUCCAGGGCGCGUUGUUAGUUUACAUUCGCUUGCCAGGUUUUGGUAAUGGUCCAUGUUUGUUGCAAUGGUUUGCUUUCGAAGUUUAUUUGUAUACAUUUCUGUUCAAAGUGUUGUGAUAGGUUUUAAAGGACAUUUUUUAAUGAUUCGACAAUGGUUAGACAUCACUAGCCCCUAAAAAAGAAAAAGUAUACAGUACUUUUUAAGUUUGUUUUAUAUGUUGAGCUUUCAUGCUCCAUCUUGUGCUUUUUGGCUCAGAAAUGUUUGCACGAUUUUGCUUUUUGCGCAUUUUAAAAUUCUUAAUCAUGUGACCAGCGUGUACGUGGUUAGGUUGAAUUUCGCCAUAGCCCUUUGUGAUGUGAGCUGUUGCCAACGAUUGUUCAUAUGUGAUGCAAAUAUUAUAGAUUUAUGGAGUUUAAAACUAUAUUUUUAUGCUACAGAGUUUAAUAAAGAUAUUAUUGGCUUUCUAAAUA